CCAACUGUGACAUGGGCUCGAAACAAUGGAGAUGUAUCUGAUCCUGAAAGAUAUGUUGCUUCAUAUGAUUCAGUCUCAGGAGAACAUCAAUUACAGAUGCCUAAUGUUGGCGUUGAUCAAGCCGAUACAUAUAAAUGUUAUGCAAAUAAUGAAUAUGGACGUGCUAUGGUCACAGUCACACUCAACGUGAUUGAAGUUGGGUUCAAGAAGAGCAAAGCAAUGCAGGAAGCACGAUUAGACCAACGAGAGAAAGCAGCAGCCGAUUUAAAAAGGACCCUGAGGACCCGAGCUGAACAAAAGGAGGAGAGGAAAGAUGGAGAAGUUGAUGAGAAAUUUUGGGAACUGUUGCUGAGCGCUGAUAAGAAAGAUUACGAGCGCAUCUGCGCUGAAUACGGGGUGACGGACUUCCGCUGGAUGUUGAAGAAACUGAACGAGAAGAAAAAAGAAAUAGAGGAGCAGCAGUCACAGUACAUUGAACACCUGAGCAACCUGAGACAUAUUGAAAUCAAGACGCCCGGAUGUGCCGAAUUUGAAUUUGAGAUGGAUCUCAAAGAUCCCAAUGCCAGAAUCUUCCUCCUCAAGGACGGUGUUAUGGUUCCAUUUAACACUGAUACGGACGAGAAGCAUUCUUUGCGUCAAGUCGGCAGGAAAUUCAUCUUUAGCGUACAUGGUCUGAAUGCAGAAGAUGCUGGAUUGUAUCAAGUCGAUAUUGAGGGGGUCAAUGUCUUCUCAACUGACUUUAAAAUUCCAGCGGUAGACUUCUUGGUAAAGAUUCAGGAAGUGAAGGCUGUGGAAAGAGAGGAUGCCGUGUUUGAGUGUGUCCUAUCUGCUCCGCUCCCUAAGAUCUCCUGGCUAGGCAAGAACGUCGCCCUGGAACAGGGUGAAAAGUAUGACAUCUCUGUCUCUGAGGACAUGUUAAUCCAUAGACUGGUGGUGAAGGACUGUAUGCAAGUGGACAAAGGCAUCUACGCAGCUGUGGCUGGAAUGAAGUCUUGUAACGCCUGGCUGAUAGUGGAGGCUGACCCAGAUCCGAACCAGAGGGGCAAGAAGGGUGCACGCAAAACCACUCAAGCAGGAGGUGGAGGCGCAGACCUGAUCAGGAUCGCAGCAGAACAGCAGGAGAAGCUCCAGAAGGAGCGCGAGGAGAGGAUGGAGCAGCUGAAGAAGAGAGUGAGAACUGGGCCCUUGGUCCCAGACACCAUUAUUGAUCCAGGAGUUCACUUCACCAGUGGACUUUCAGAUGUUCACGCCAUCAUUGGUCAGUCAGCUGAAAUGGUGUGCAAACUCAGCAGUGAAAAUGUGUGUGAUGGCAUUUGGUAUAAAGAUGGAAAAGAGAUAACAGCCACAGAUGAACUAAAGUUCAUCAAAGAUGGAGCAGUCCAUAAACUGAUUGUAUCAAACUGUACAGAGGAUGACAGUGGAAAGUUCCGCUUUGAGGCAGCUGGACGUAAAACUGAGGCGAUGUUGGUCGUGGAAGACCCACCAAGGAUGAAUCAAGAUGACUUGGCCAAAUUCUCAGAGCCUGUGAUAAUCAAGGUUGGCCAAAAAGCAACUUUCAAAAUGGACUUUGUAGGCCGUGAGCCAAUGAAAGUGCAGUGGUACAAUGAGGGUGAAGAGAUGCUUGAGGAUAAUCACAUCAGGAUUGAGAAGUCAGAUAGUCACAGUAGCCUUCUACUUGUGAAAUGUCAACGCAAAGACAGUGGAGAAAUAAAGCUGAAGCUCAAAAAUGAGUUUGGAACCAUUGAAGCCCUUUCAAGACUCAUCGUUCUAGCAUAUCCUGGACCACCAUCUACACCCAAAGUGGUCAGUGCCUUUAAGAACUGCAUCACUUUGGCAUGGUCAUCUCCCACCAACACUGGUGGGUCCAACAUUGUUGGCUACAAUAUGGAGAAACGCAAACGGGGCAGCAACAUAUGGGGUCAAGUGAACCCCCCUGAUGAGCCAAUUAAAGGCAAACAGUAUGAUGUGAAAGAUGUUAUUGAAGGAAUGGAAUAUGAAUUCCGUGUGUCAGCCAUCAACUUUUCUGGUGCUGGAGAACCAAGCACACCCUCUGAAUUUGUGAUAGCCAGAGAUCCAAAAAAACCCCCUGGUAAAGUCGUUGACCUGAAAGUCACAGAUUCCACCCAUACCUCUUUGUCUUUGCAUUGGACAAAACCGAAGGAGGAAGAAGGUGUCCAGGAUGAAGCUAAAGGUUAUUUUGUGGAAUUAAGGCCAGCUGAGAACACAGAAUGGGGUCGCUGCAACUCAAACCCGCUCAUUGCAACUUCUUAUACAAUUCUUGGCCUCAAGUCUAUGGCUAUGUACUGGGUCCGAGUGGUUGCAACCAAUGAAGGAGGUGAUGGGGAACCCCGAGAUCUGGACAACUACAUCAUUGCCAUGCCGCCACCUGUAAGGCCGAAUUUCACCAAUCACAAAAUGAAGAGCUUUAUGGUUGUAAGAGCAGAAAAUUCAGCUCGGGUCAACAUAAAUUUUGAGGCAUCCCCAAUGCCAACUAUAAUCUGGCUGAAAGAUGGAAUACCAGUGUCCAAACGUGUAACUGUGAGCAAUACAGAUGGGAUGUCCCAGCUCCUGAUUCCAAGUGCCGAGCGUUCUGACAGCGGGAUCUACACCAUCAUAGUCAAGAACAUAGUGGGUCAGGAGACGUUCAGUGUUGAGAUCAGAGUGACGGAUGAUCCAAAGCCACCUGGCUCAGUGGAGCUGGAAGAAAAUGUCCCUGGCACAUUGACUGUUUCUUGGGAACCAUCUCCUGAUGAGAAACGAGACAAUCACUUGUACUAUAUGGUGAUGAAACGGGACUCCAUCAAACGCACCUGGCAAGCAGUCGCUGACCGCUUGUUCAACAACAACUUCACAGCAGUCAACAUCAUGCCAGGAAGGGAAUAUAACUUCCGUGUGUAUGCAAAAAAUGACAUAGGUCUCUCAGAACCAUCUGAGUCCCUGACAUGGGGCGUUGUAAGGAAGAAAGAAAAGUUCAGCCUCAACUUAGCCCCAUCCAAACCUUGCAACUUUGACUCUGCUCCCAUUUUCACGGUUCCCCUGAAGAUGCACACUACCCCGGAGAAAUACGAGUGCUACAUGAGCUGUGCAGUGAGAGGCAACCCCAUACCUCAUGUCACCUGGUACCGCAACAACGUCAGCCUCAACACUGACACCAACUACUACAUCACUAACACCUGUGGAGUGUGCUCCAUGCUCAUCUUGAGAGUCGGUGCCAAAGACAACGGAGAAUACAGCGUAGUGGCAGAAAACUCUUUAGGCAGUGCUCAGUGUAGCACACAGCUGACAAUCUUAGGUAUGUUGUCAGAGUAUGUCUGAAACACUAGCUGUAGUUUUAUUGUAGUUUAAAU